UAUUAACGAUGACUGAGCCCUGCUGUUGUACAGGUAGAAUUGAAGGUUAUUGGCUUAUCCGAAAAUAAAUCUUAAGGGUAAACCUUACGACAUGAUGUGAUAGUAGUAUGGCAUUUUCUUACCAAUUCAACGCGUUUGUCUACGGUCACACUAACGAAGGGGGUUCUUCUCGUGCGAUUUUUUGUUCAGCUAAGGGCUAUGAUGUUCAUAUCAUAAGAAUAUUUUUAAUGAAAAGUGAUUGCCUCAAACAUCUAAUUCACAUCAUAAAGCUUUUGUAUUUACGUUAUUUAGUCGUAAUCUUGUCUCUCUUUAUCUUGCACACACAUUCUACUCGUACACGUUCCCGCAUCGAAGUCAUGCACCGGAACUUUGGUUUUGCUUUUUCAAAGCUACUAAUGAUUUCAUGAUGAAUACAUAACCGCUUGAAAGCUUUCCACUGCUUAGGCAAAGCUCGCCGCUCGAAUUCAAACCUACGACUACUAAUAAAUAUACUCACAUACAUACAUAUGCAUGUAUAUACAUAUGAAAAUAAUAUUCAUAGUACUGGUUUUAAAUAAAAAACCAUAAAGUUUUGCUGGUUUCUGAAGUACUUUAUUUAACCAAGGACGUACACAACUAAAUAUACAAUAAUACAAAAUAAUCUGCAAUAAGACAAACUUCUGUUGCUAGGGCCUCACAAAGAUCUUUUUUAAUGCGAUAAUUGAUAUUAAGGACAGCGAUUUUGAUUUGAUUAUGGCAAUUGUUAGAACUAAUCUGGCAACGCUAGACAAAUAUGAGUGUUGUUCCUUAGAGCCGAGAGUAGAGCGAUAAAAUGCAUGCUGGCCAGCUAUUAGGGAAGAGAGUUGAGAAUAUUUAUUGCAAACGGCGAGAAGGACGAUGGUGUUAUCCUCUCGCAUGAAGUUUACCAUUAUAGCGUAGCAAGCAAGCAGUUACAACUCGACCGUAUAACGUGUAAGACGCCAAAUUGUUGUCACCGCCGCAACUGUGUCAUAUAACAAAAACAACUGCUUGAACAUUUUUGAACUUGACAGUGAAUAACGUUGCAAUAACGAACGUAACCGCAAUUAAAUUAGUUAUGUAUUUUUAUUGUAUUAUGUAAAACGCAAAGACAAGUGCUAACAUCCCGAGCAACUGUAUUAUAAUAGAGUGCUGAAAAAGGUAAAAGCGGAACAAAAAAUCAAUCAAUUUCUACAUGUGGACAAAACGAUAGCAACAUACAAUUGAACGAAGUGCGGCACGAGACUUCACCUAACUAAUGUUAACAAGCCAAUGAUUAUGUAGAAAAGGAAGAGACCUUCAAAUAACAUACAAUCCGACAGUAAAAUUCACAACACAUAUAGCCGCACAUACGAAAACGACAGCUCGCAAAGUACAGCCGCCCUUCUAAGUCAGAGCACUCGUGGGAGUCAGGCACUUGAAAUUCGUAAUUUGUGAUUCGCAUUUACACAAUCACUUCUCGCCCAUCUACCUCGCCACCUCAAGUCAAACCAUCAACACACCCACUCUAAAAAACAGCAAUACACAAAUCCGACCGAUUGUCACAUCUGUUUCGUUGUCGCAGGUCGGCAGAUAAGCGAAACACUAAAACAAUCUAAAACAAACAAAUAAUUUAUACCUUCAACGCAAUAACAGAGAAAGUAACACCCAAAAUUGUAUACCGUUCCCACUGUAAAGACUCAAGGUGUAUUACUAAAACAAGGCAACCUUGAAUAUUUCCCUGAUAAAAAUAUAUACCAAAUUGAGUAAAAAUAACUGAAAGUGCUUACUUUAAAUAUAUAAAAACAUAUGUAUAUAUGUAUAGAGUAUAUAUAAUUGUGGAUUUUGCUGUUUAUUCCUUACUUCCUCAAAGAUUCGAAAUAAACACUGUUAAUUACUCUCUAAGGAUCGUAAUCUUCUAAUCAGAAUGAGUGACAGCCGCCGCAAUACUGCUACCGAGUUCAGUUACAUCCUUCAAAGACAGGGAAGCGAUGUUUCGGAAAUUGAAGCUCAUGCAUUUGAUGAUAUCAAUAAUCUCAUGGAGGCAAAGCACCCAACGCCACGCCAACAGCGCCCGAAUUCCGAUGCAGAAGGACAACAAAAUGAGACGUCGACGACAUUAGGAGGAGACGCUUUGUCCUCACUUCCUCAGGCGUCAUUCAACUAUAUAAAUUCCAUUGUUGGCAGCGGCGUCAUUGGCAUUCCAUAUGCUCUGCAUCGCGCUGGUUUUGUACUGGGUUUACUGCUGCUUAUAUUGAUUGCUUACAUCACGGAUUAUUCACUCAUUUUAAUGGUAAGAUGCGGACACAUAUGCGGAAGAUUCAGUUACCCAGGCAUCAUGGAAGCCGCAUAUGGUAAAUAUGGAUACUACCUUCUAUCGAUAUUACAAUUCAUGUAUCCAUUUCUUGCUAUGAUUUCCUAUAAUGUUGUCGUAGGUGAUACUUUGUCCAAAGUGUUAGUACGUUUCUUUCCGUCGUGGGGUACGUCAAUGCGUGCGGUACGGCUGGGAGUUGUAUUCUUCGUUACAAUUGGUGUUGUUGUACCGUUAUGUCUAUACAAAAACGUGUCCCGAUUAGCCCGUGCUAGUUUUAUUAGCUUGGCCUGUGUGGUGUUCAUUUUGUUUGCCGUAAUUGUAAAGUUGCUGUCUGGUGAUUACACUGUUGCCGAUUCUCCCGAAUCUUGGAGAUUUGCCAACAUAGAUUUGAUUCCAGCUACGGGUAUUAUGGUUUUUGCAUUUAUGUGCCACCACAAUACAUUUUUGGUUUAUCAGUCCAUGAGAAAUGCCACGCUUGAACGAUGGGAGAAAGUCACGCACAUUUCAAUUGGAUUCGCUUUAGCAGUAGCAGCGCUCUUCGGCAUUGCUGGAUACUCUACAUUCCGUGCACUAUCGCAAGGCGAUUUAUUGGAGAAUUACUGUUGGAAUGAUGAUCUGAUGAACUUUUCACGUGUGCUUUUCUCCAUUUCCAUUUUGUUGACUUUUCCAAUAGAAUGUUUUGUUUCGCGAGAGAUUGUGCGCGCUUUUGUGCACCGUUUUGUAUUGAAAGAACCUAUUAAUGAGCUGACAUUAGACAAAGAUCCCAAUCUCGAGAAGGGUGCGGAUAUUGAUGAAUAUGGGAAAACCAUAACUUUAGUUAUAGUCUUCAGCGCUUUCAUCAUUUCGCCACUAACUGAUUGUUUGGGAUCGGUGUUGGAGUUAAAUGGACUUUUGGCAGCGAUUCCUUUGGCGUACAUUCUACCAGGUUUAGCUUAUAUACAAAUGGAAUCACAUUCUCUCUUCAGCCGCGAAAAAUUACCAGCACUGGGACUGGUCGUCUUCGGCACCAUUGUAACAAUAAUGGGAGUGGCUGUACUCCUACCAGGGCUUAUGGGCGAUUGUCGUGCUGAUGUUGUCAUGGAUUACUGUAAGCAGGAAUUUUCGGAGGAUGAGAAAACAAAUGCUACUAUUGGUCAUAAAUAAAAUAGUAAAUUAGACCAUAUGCAUUUGCCAUUGAUCCACUUGUUAAAACAUACAUAUUCGUUAGGAAUCGUUUUAAAAUUGCAAUCAAAACAGACGUAUGCACCUGUUAAAUAUGUGUUUACAGUUGAUAAAAGUGUAGUGAAAUGCAUACACACACGCGCUAAAAUAACGCGAAUAUAUUAGCGAAAUUGUCUUGCAUAAAAUAAUUAUUAGGGAAAAUAUUAAUUUUAAGAAUUCAAACUUAAAAGAGUUUGUCCAACGGUCCGAUCGAGACACUAUAUAUAUACACAACAGAAUGUAAAAAUGAUUAGCUUACAUCUGGUAAGGUCGCCAAUUGUGAAAAUUGUAAAAAUAUCCACUGAGAAUGCGUCAAGUUGUGGUUUACAGAUUUAUAAUUUUUGCGGUAUAUUUUCGUAUUGUUAGUAUUUUUAUGGAAUAUAAUAAUUUAGUCUAUAGGCAUGGAAGUUUAUAUAUUAUCUGUGAUCUCAUAUUUUAACUAUCAAUAUUUUUGUAAGAAUUCAAUUUACUUAAUUUAUUGUUUAAUGUUUUAUACUUAAGUUAAAUAUAAGAAAUUGUAUAAGGAAAGUCCUUAAAAAAACGUUUUUAUUGCAAAUAUUCUUGUAGUCGCCAAAUGUCUUCUAAUCGGUUGAGAAAUAUUGUGUAUAAUUUUUUUUUAAUUAAUUUUCAUGGACAAAAUUGUAUUUUUUUAUAUCUUUUGUCAGCUGUCUAAGUUUUGUAUAAUUCAACAUCGGCUUCGGCACCGGCCAUAUUUGGCCGAUUAUUUUUAUUUCUUUUGAAUUGCCUUUACAUUAAUUUUUCCUUUACUUUCUUGAUUUCUUAAAAGCCUAAAAUAUCUAAAAGUCUUCUGUUCACCUUAUAAAACACAGUUUGAUUCAUAUUUGCCUGAACCAAUCAUUCCCCACGACGCUAAUAUUAUGUCUAGAAUAACGAACUUUAUUAUUAUACUCUCGCAACAAAGUUGCUAGAGAGUAUUAUAGUUUUGUUCACAUAACUGUUGUUUGUAACACCAAAAACUAAACGAGUUAGAUAUAGGGUUAUAUAUACCAAAGUUAUCAGGGUGAAGAGUGGAGUUCAAAUCCGAAUGUCUGUCUGUCCGUCCGUCCGUCUGUGCCAUCUGUAACUUGAGUAAAAAUUAAGAUAUAUUUAUGAAACUUGGCACACUUAUUUCUUGGCACCAUAGGAAGGUUGCUUUCGAAAAUAAGCAAAAUCGGACCACUGCCACGCCCACAAAAUGGCGAAAACCGAAAACACAUAAAGUGCCAUAACUAAGCCAGAAAUAAAGCUAUGGAAAUAAAAUUUGGUAUGAAGGAUCGCACUUUGAAGGGGCAUAUUUGGAUGUCAUUUUUUUGGGGAGGUGGGCGUGGCCCCGCCCCCAAAUAGGUUUUUUGUACAUAUCUCGCAAACUAAUAGAGCUACAUACAUAAACCAAACUUUCUGCAAUCAUGUUUUUUAGCCACUUCUUAAUACAGAAAUCGGAUAAUAACCACGCCUACCUCCCAUACAAAGGUUAGGUUGAAAAUUACUAAAAGUGGGUUAAAUCACUAACGAAAAACGUCAGAAACACUAAAUUUCACAUAAGAAACGGCAGAUGGAAGCUGCACUCAGAUUUUUUUACAAAAUGGAAAAUGGGCGUGGCGUUGCCCACUUAUAGGUCAAAAACCAUAUCUCAGGAUUUCAAUGAAACUUGGUUUGUAAUAGUUUCCUUACAUCCCAAUGAUAUGUUGUGAAAAUAGGCCAAAUCGCUUCACAACCACGCCUACUUCCUAUAUACCAGAACUUUGAAGACGAUCUGAAUCGUUUACUUUACAAUAUAUAAAGUAAGUACUAGUGGAGAUAUAGGUGGAGAACUUUGCACAAAUACUAUUUUUAUAGUGUGGCAGCCCCAUUCUAAAAAACGCCGAAAUCGGACCAUAGGUUUUUAAGGCCCCAUAUAUCGGACACGAGGACCUCGGUGCUUCUAACCUAAUAUUAUGGUUUCCAACUUUCAAUGGACUUUAUACAAUAUAUAUAUGACGAAUAUGUGGGUCAAAUUGUGUAUUAUAUAAUAUAAAUAAAGUUAAAUGAAUAAAUUGGGAGAAUAUAAAAUGUUCGGUUACACCCGAUCUUAGCCCUUCCUUACUUGUUUUUGUUUUAAAUUUAUUUUUACUUUAUUUAGAAUGAUGCGAUUUAUUUCUUAUAUACACAGUUUUGUUCAACAACUUGUUGAGAUUUUGAAGAUAAUUUCAUUGACAUAUUGACAAAAAAUUGGGAGAGUCUAUUUUUAAAAGUUUCUGUUGAGACAAAUUUUCAUAAUCAACACCUCCCAAAAAAGAUUUAUUUCUAUUCUUAAAGGACAAAAGCUAUUUGCUGACGUAGCAACUUGUUUUGAGAAAAGACGAAUAACUUAUUUUUUCUAUCUAUCUAUUAUACAAAUAAGUUAUUUAGUUUUGAAUAUUAAUUGGAUUAAUAAACACUUUCAUUUUUUGUUUUUGCUUUUUUUGUGUUACUAUACUACUUUACUAAAUAAAUUUGUUCAUGAAAGAAUCGGCAUCGGCUUCGGCCAAAACUUGAGUAUCGGUCGGACACUAGUUCUUACAGACAUAUGUACAUACAUACAUACAUUAACAAACAAAAGCAUUACAAAUGUGAAACUUUAACACUCUCAAAAAAAGGAAAUGAGAUGCAUCAAGUAUUGAUAGCUUAUAAGAGUUUAACAGUUAAGGCCUAUUUUCACUAUUUACACUGGAUACACAAACAAACCUACAGAGUUUAUACAUAUAUUGCCAGAUACCUGUUGAAGCUACAAGUAUUUCAAAAGAAAACAGGAAGUGCAAACGUAACUAUUUUAUCCAGAAAUAAACAUUAGUUUUGAUAUUAUAUACGAUAUAUACAUACAUAAAUACAUUUACUUACAUACGAGUGCAUGCAUUGAAGAAGUCACAUAUAGCACUUACGAAUACGAAUUCAAAAGAAAUCUUGUUACAUCAUUGUAGAUUACUUAUAUUAUUGAUAUGAAUAUUAAAAUUUGUUAUUACGAAUAUACAGUUAUGCAUACGGUAUGGUGUAGGGUGGCAGCUUUCGGCUUUUGCUGAGGCUAGUGUCGAAUACGAAAAUUUGUUUGUUUUAAAUUGUACGCUGCUAUAUUGCUGAUUGGAAUCUAUUUAUAAGGAUCUAUUUACAAAAUUAAGAUUUUCAAAAUUAACGUUUUUCCUUUAAAGGUUUUAACGUAAAGGACACCAUUAAUACAGAAUCUAAACUCUCCUUGAUUUCAGCUAUCCUUCCAUACGUCCAUAUAUAUGUAGUUCUCGUACACAUAAAAACCCACGAAGUAAAGUUCUCUUAGUUAAGCACAAGAAAAAAAAUUGAAUAUUUUUUAAUUCUGUUUUUUGCUGCUAAAUAUAUAUCUGAAAUAAUCUGGGAGGCAAGCAUGAUAUAGUCUUUAGCAAGUUUGAAAAAAUUAUUGAUUAAUGGAGUGCCAAGGUAAGAGCAAUAUAAAAGUGGCAGUUUUGCUGUCAAGAUAAUUCACUGAAAUUAAAACCCCUUAUUUUUAACGUAGUUAAACUUUGUGGGCUUAUGAUAAAUAUCGGCUCAAAUGAUACUUAUAUAUUUCUGUAUAUGCACAUAUUUAUUACACAGAUCAAUAUCAAGGCAGAAGCAAUUCGUCAGAGUUUUAUCAUUCAUUGCACUAAAAUGGGCAAUAAAAAUGUAAAUAGAUAGUACAGAUAUAGAAGAAUCUAUUAUAAUAUUGUUUUUGACUUAAAUCAUGUGGGAGUAGUUCCUAAAAUACCAAUACCAACAAAUACCAACUGUGUUACUUUCAGUAGUCAUUUUGAUAAGUUCGGACCUAUAUCUGUAUAAAAGUAUGUAGUUAUAAACAGAAAUGCAAGAACGCUUUAAAAAGCAUAAUUUUAUCAGAUUUUUGAGUAUUCAACAUUAUUAUCAGUAUGUAAAACUGUAAAAAGCGUAAAACUGUAAAACCAAAAAUUAAUAAAUUUAUAAAUAUUAACACACACACAUGCAACUUCUGGUUACUGUUUUAAGAAAGAGAGACCACCCUAAUAAAUACUUAUAAGAUAUAUACAUACAUAAGUAUGUAUGUAACACAAUAUUCGAAGACAUGUGUAAGGGCAUAUGUAAAUGCUAGGCCAAGAUAACUAAUGACUUCAAGCUGAGGAAAUUUUGUUUGUAUGGAGCAUUGUUAAAGUUCCUAGAUAUAAGGAGUGUAACUCUUUUGAUAAAAUAUUUAAAAGCAAAUCAAAAUAAAACAAAAUAUUAAAAUUGUUAUCAGUCUAUAAACAUAUGCAUACAUAUAUACGACUUGUUACUUCGCAAAUGCAGUGUUUUAAAAUUGUUGCAUUCUAUCUGCUUUCCUCAAAGAAACAAAAAUUUUAUAUACUUCUAUAUUAAGGUGAAAUAUAUAUGUAAGCACAAUAUUUAUUUAUGUAUGCUUGUAUAGCACAAGAAUACUGCGGUCAAACCUUUAGUACAGUUACAUAUAUGUACAUAGUAUGAACCACAAAUCCUGCUUGUUAGCCGGCUGUCACGCCAUUUGUCAGCGUUACGUCAGAAAUAUACUAGUCUCAUAUUAGAUACACACUGAUAAAAGAGAUGCAGUCAAAUCACAAGUGUUUGAUAAUACAGUUGAACUUCCAUAACUCAGACUGCUCGUACUCGAAGUUCUCCAUAAUUCGAACUAUUGAAUUGGCAAUAGAAGUCAAAAUUCAUACAAAUUACCUUCUGUAACUCGGAAGUCUCUCUAACUCGAAGUUUUUUUGUGGAUUAUGAUGAUUCGAGUUAGAGAAGUUCCACUGUAUAUCAAUUGGUUGCCUAAAAAUGAAGAAAUCUAAUGACAGGUUGACAACCUAUGUGAACUCAGUAUCAAGCAGUUUCUUUUAGAAAUACAGAACACUUAUGUUUCGGGGUAUUUUACAACAAUUUUCGUUCAGCUCUGCUCUGUUGCGGAGCUUAGAGUUUAAAUCCUGAGAUUUGGUAAAUCCUUAAAUCAGCCAUUCCGAUUGCCAAAGAGUUGUAGCUUCCUUCAUUCAAGAAAACUAUAUACAUAUGUAACUUGCUAAGAAUAUAUAAGUGAUUCAAAUACAAAUUGUAGUAGUUUCAGUUUAUACUUUUCUCUGUCCAAAAAUUUUGAGAUUGAGAAAUUGAGCUUUUCUUCUCAUUUACAAUCAGUAAGAAGUCAAAUUAUUUAUAUGAACAAUUUUAAUGUUCUAAUCAUAGCACAAUCAGACCGCAAUAUUAAAUGUUGAGGCAUGAAUGUUUUCAGAUGUCGAUCACGAAUCAAAUUUACAAAGAAAAAAUACGAAGACUAACUCAGAAAUGUAAUCGACUGCAACUUAAUAAAUAAAAAUUUGAAUAUGAUUUAAGAACUAUUAACUAUUAUUAAUAUUUUUUAUUUAUAAAACAAAAGGAUUUUUUAGUUGAUGUUAUUACGAAAUUAGUCAUUGCAAACAAAUUGCUUGAUGACUUCGCAGCAAGAAUUCGCUAACUGAAGACCGUACGUAUUCAAAUUCGAAUAGAAACUAGUUUGGAAUUAGUGGUUUUUGUGGCAUGGAAACUAUUGAAAAGUAAUCAACAAUCUUUUAAUCAUAAAAAUAUAAAAUUUCGAAGAAAUUCUGAUAUUAGUUUUCUUAAUACAAGGUACAUUUGAUAACAUUCAAGUAUAAGCUUAGGUGGACUUGCAUACAUAUAUAAAUAUUUAAUAUAAAAAUAUAAUAAUAUACUAAUUUGUUAAAACACCGUUCUGUUUUUCCGAAUGCUGUCUGUUCUAAAGAGCUUAAACUAUACAUAUCAGAACUUUUAUAUACAAACUCCUAUGCUCAAACGAGGCCGAUAUACUACUUUAUAGUGCAUUUAAUGAAACAAAAAACACAAUCGAAGUACAUUUUGGUAGCUUUAAAUUGUAGCGUAUACUUUAAGUUUUUGCAAUAUACGAAUAUAUGCGAUACCUAUGAAGCUUUGUAAAGCGAUU